UUUUCCAUGUGAAAUAAAGUGAAGAUAAAUUCUACAAUUGUUUUUAUUUUCAAGAUAAUUACCAUAAUUUGGAAUAAAUAUAAGAAUAUUGAUAAGUGAAUGAAAUUUUUUUACAUAAAAUUCGGAUAGUUUAAGCGGUGGCAAAACAAAUUGUAUUGAAAAAAAUGUGAAUAUGUAUUAAGGUGCACAGUAUUUGAAGGGGUUUCUAUCUCAUUUUCAACAAAGCAAGCAGUGAACUUAGCGCUGAUCAAUUAUUAUAAUCUCAAUCAAUUCCAUGUCAAUUAACGUAUUUCAAUUGUUGUUGAACCCAUAUACGCAUUGAAAGAAAGUGAAUCUUGUUUGGACGCGUUUCGAAUCGAUGCACGCAAAUCAAAACGCAUUUUCAUACGGAUUUUAAUAUGCAUAUUUAUUUAGAUAUGUAAAUGGAACGCAAUACUAUAAUGGAUCCAGGAAAUUAAUCAAUUGAGUUGAAUAUACCAUAGUGUAUGUCUACAACAAAGAUUCUUAUGACUUGAUUGGGAAUAGAGGAAGUCAACAACAAGCAAAAAAAAAUAUUUAAAAUUUGUAACUUUAAAAUUCGCCUAUAAAAAUGGGUGAACAUGAGAUGUCAUCGAAUCCAAAUAGCUCGCAACAAAUCAUCCAAAGUUGUAAUGCACCCGUUUGCAUUCAAAAUGUACCAGCAUCGUUGCAAAUUGAAAAUGGUACAUCAGGUACAUCUCCGGUACAUUCAAAAAAUGCGAGUACUAUAAAUAUAAGUGGUAGUACAAACAAUAAUGGCAGCGUUAGUUGUGUAAAUCCGUUGAGUAAUAUGGCAAUUACAAACAUCAGUGGCAACAACGUGAAUCGGAUUAAUAGCGGAACAUUGAAUAAUUCAAAUGGAAUACCGGCGAAUAUUCGAACAACGAUGAAGGCUAAAGGACCGAUUCGAGUUGGAUUUUACGAUAUUGAACGUACUAUCGGCAAGGGUAAUUUUGCGGUUGUUAAAUUGGCCCGACAUCGCAUCACUAAGAAUGAGGUUGCCAUUAAAAUUAUUGAUAAGUCACAAUUGGACAGUGGAAAUUUGGAGAAAGUUUAUCGUGAAGUUGAAAUCAUGAAGAGAUUAGAUCAUCCGCACAUCAUUCGUCUGUAUCAGGUGAUGGAAACACAUUCAUUUCUUUACAUUGUGUCGGAAUAUGCGUCGAAGGGGGAAAUUUUCGACUAUAUUGCUCGUUAUGGAAAAAUGAGUGAGCGUGCAGCACGGCAAAAGUUUUGGCAAAUCCUUUCUGCCGUCGAAUAUUGUCACAAACGUGGAAUUGUUCAUCGGGACUUAAAGGCUGAAAAUCUGUUGCUGGACUCAAAUAUGCGGAUUAAAAUCGCAGACUUUGGCUUUUCAAACUUUUUCCACCCAGACGAAUUGUUGGCAACGUGGUGCGGUAGCCCGCCAUACGCAGCUCCAGAAGUUUUUGAGGGUAAACGAUAUGUUGGUCCUGAAAUUGAUGUCUGGUCACUGGGAGUUGUACUGUACGUAUUAGUUUGUGGCGCUUUGCCAUUUGAUGGAUCAACUUUACAGUCAUUGCGUGACCGUGUUCUAUCUGGACGAUUUCGUAUACCAUUUUUCAUGUCAUCUGAUUGUGAAUCAUUGAUUCGAAAGAUGCUUGUUCUUGAUCCACAUCGCCGUUACACGAUUGAACAAAUUAAACAUCAUCGAUGGAUGUUGGUUGAAGUCAUGGAUCCGAUCUCAUUAGCAUGUGAUAACCAAAAUGUUUCAGCUAGAAAUGGAACAGCAAUUACUGAACCAAAUGAACAAAUCCUAAGACUAAUGGCCGGGUUAGGCAUCGACGCACAAAAGACUUGCGAAAGUCUUAAGUUAAACAACUAUGACCACCAUGCGGCCAUAUAUUUAUUGUUGUUGGAACGUUUGCGAACGCGGUCUGUGUCACAAGACAACAACAUCGGAUUAUCGAAUAGUCAGUUGAAUGGAACACAAGUAGUGAAUAUGCAUUCAGUGAAAAAUCCAUAUCCAACAUUGGAGCAACAACGAAGACGACCAUCGUCGAUUGCCGAACAGGCGAUGCGUAAAUUGGGCAUAUCUAAUAAUCAUUCAACGUUAGCGUCGAGUACAGAGCUUCCUCUAGAACCAAUGCCAUCAUUGAUGACAUUACGCGAUACAAGCAUACGCGAACAGUGUCCAUCACCAUCAGCGACUGUUUCGUCUACGUUACACUAUUUACGUGACAGCAAUGGUGGGAUAUUUUGUGGAACGCCAAUUCAUGGUUCUAGUCGAGAACGAAGUAGUCGUGACUUUCAUUCACCAUAUGGUGGUGCAUACAGCAGCCUUGCAACAACAGGCCGUGAAAAUAGUGUGCUGCUUUCUCGUGAGAUGGGUCCAAAUGGGGCCUAUCAACAUCGAGCCUCUUCAAAUCGACUUCUAAUGACAGCCGGUUUGGAUCAACGCAUCAUGAAACAAAGCACUGAAGACUGCCGUCGUCUUCUACAGCAGGCAACAGCUGUCGUAACAGAUCCGAUUCGUGCACAAUCAACGAAACCAACUACCAUGGAAUUGGGCACAACACCACCAAAACAUCCUUCGAAUGGAUUAUCUGCACAACCACCGCCACCACCACAAUUCAGAGCGCUCAGCACAUCGAAUAGUUUCGAUUCGAAAUCUAGUAUUCCAAAUUUUUGCCAUCGUUUCCAAAUGUCCGCAGAAGCGUCGAAAUUGUUUUAUACACUGCAACAAAGCCCUUUACCAAUAGGCACAGAACAGGUUCAAGCCAUGGACACCCAAUCGAAGUAUGCAUCAAAUCAAAACGCACAUGUUGUACUAAAUCCAGAGAUAAAUGUACCAACUUUGCCGCCGGCUAGAGAAAUGUCACCCAGACUUGGUGAGGUGUCGAGCAAGGAAUUGGCACCGCCAAAAGAUAUUCGAAGCGGAAUGCAGCCAUACAAUAGCUAUACGCCAGCGAUUGAAGGAGAUUCUAGUACAAUUCAAAUGCUACGACAUUCACAAAUCAUUCAACAAUGCAGUUCGAGCACAGAUGAAGGAUGUGACACAGAUCACGGUGAAAUGGAAGAUGUUGUUCAGCCAUCAGUACCACCAUCAAUUCAACGGCUCAAUUCGUAUGCAAGCAGCAGUUCGUCAAGUGGUGUUGUCACAAAUUUCCAUUCAAAAAGUCUGAGCCAAAAUUUAAGUUGCGAAUCAUCACGCAGUAAUUUUUCAACAUUUGAAAGUUUAGAUUUAAAUCUGUCGGACUGUAGUGAUUUGGCAGCUAGUUUACCAUCAUGUGCGACCAGUAUUGCAACAGUUAAUGAUAAUUCAAAAGACCACGUUUGUAGACCUGUGGUUAGUGCUUCUACCAUUCAUCCAUCGGUUUGUCUGUCAAUGUCUGGAAAGUUACAAUGUUCCCGUCAAAAUCCAUUGGGCUACAAACAACAUUUGUGCGAUAGUUGUAGACCAACCACACGAUCCCCCGUUGAUUUUAGGGAGGGUCGGAGAGCGUCUGAUGGUCUAGUGGCACAAGGUAUACUACAAUCGAAGUCAGAGCAUUCAGUAGAUGCAACAAUUGCAUUCAACAGUCAACGAUUGCAUGAUAAAGCAAAAGGUGUACUUGAAUUGCAUUUACUUCAAAAAGAAGCGUCCCAACUUAAAACCCAGUAUCAGGCAAAUGUAACGCUCGAUGAAAUGACGGCACGUCAAAUGCAGCAUAUACUGUUCCACGACACACCGAAACCGUUGAAUAAAAACUGCGAAGGGCACUUCAAUAAGGCCGGCGAUUUAGCAAUUUACCCAUGCAAAUAUGACAUUGGUCGUGAUAUGAAUAAAAUGAACGAGCAAUGUGUUGCAUUACAAAAGCCGCCAUUACAACAGCAACUCAUGCAGCAUCGUUUACUUCAGCAGAAGCGACAAGUUCUUCAGAAACAAGUUGCAAUGGAAAAUGGUUUAAGUCGACGACAAAUGUUGCGUCAACAAAGCUAUAAAUUGGCACAACAGCAACAAGUAUUGCCACCGUUAUCAUUACCACUAAGCGAAGUUGAAUCGAAAGAUUUGCUUGCAUUUCAAGCGUUAGUCGAAGGAUCAUCACCAAAAAGUCCACAUUUAUAUGUUUCACAGUCAUCAAAGUCGCCCAGUUUAUCGCCAGUAUUAAAUGGAUCUCCAAAAAUGAUAAAAACAUCGCAUCUACAACAAACAAUGCAAAAACCAUUACAUUCACCGGGUCAUGUGGCCGAUAGUUGGAACACCAUAUCCGGUUCAAUGAAAACAUGUCAAAUUAGCGAAAAUCCAAUGGUCGCAGAGAACGGAUGGUCUGCACAAACGCCAUCUUUUCAGGUGAACAUAAUACCACCCUGGCCACAUUCACUUUCAGCAACAAUACUACAACCAUUGAAUGAAAGCCCUUUGCUAGAACUCUCCGAGCAAAUGGAAUCGAUUUAAUAUGGAUUUAAUUUUUAUUAUUAUUUAUGCUCUUUGCCCAACUACUUUAUCAUUUAUCGUAACACAUUUUAUCGUAAAUCGCAAAGACAAUUGAAAACGAGAGAUGAAGAACUAAACUUACAACUUUUGAUUUGAAAUAUAAUAAUACUAUUAGUAGGUAUAUAUAUACAAUAUAAGAAUAGGUGCUCGUAGGUGAUCCUCAGGGAUUAAUGCGAUCCAAAUAAAGUGUCUAUUUGACAUUUAUUUCCUCUUUUGAUGUUCUCCAUUCAAAACAAUUCGAAGAACAAUUACAGCUCACACCAAAACGGACGGAAAGAUCGUUCAAUUACAUUAAAACCAUAAAAUAAACAAAAAAUAAUAAUCAAAACUAUCAGUUAAAUAAACGAUGCCAAUGUUGGAAUAAACGUACAUUGAACUGCAAAUAUUGCUCUCAAUUCCAUGCGUGGAACAAAUUGUUAAAGACUGGUAAAUAGUUAAUAGCACCAUAAUUCUUAAAAAUCUGGUUUCUGUUUCUAUCAAAAUAGGUGAAACUAACACACACACACACAUACAUAACAAUUGAAUGAAAAUGGGAAACUACGAAGAAGAAACGUUUCCUUUUGUUUUCGUAUUGAAAACGAGAAUUAAAAACGGAAAUAAAAUCCAAACUCAAAUAGUCGUCAUAUCUGCCGUAUCUUACUUUAUACUUAUAAUGUACGAUUUUUGAAUAAAUGACAUCACAUAGAACUGUAAGCUUAUAAUAUCGUCUCAAAAAGAUAAUAGAAUUCCAUUCUCAUUUUUUUAUGAAUAGCAUAUUCAUUGAGAAACUUCUGAUGGAUCAUUAUCUUUUUUGACAGAAAAGUAAAUUUGAGGAAAAAAAAAUGACUAAAAAUAUGCCUGUCAAUUGUUUUUUUGUUCGCUCUAAUUUUUGCCUUACAAUGUGAAGAUGACAUUUUCAUUUGAAUGCUUCAAUUCGAUUGAAUUCAAUCCAAAAAUGGGGAAUUAAUUGGCGAAACACAUAUAUCAAUUGUUUUUUAUUAGCAAAAUAUACUUAAUUAGGCAGAUAAAUAAAAGAUGAAACAAAUUGGUGAUUUGCACAUUUCCUAUUUUUAGCUAAACAAUUUUUUUUCUCAUUGUUCAACGUUCAAUUAUGUUUUGCUAUUAUUGGAUAAGCAUUUCAGAAUAAAACUAAAAAAAAAAAUUAUGUAGAUUGGAAAUUUUGCAAAAUUAUUUAGCCAAUUGAAUUAGUCAAUUUAAAGUCGAAAAAAGAAAUUAACUAAAAAAUAGGUUAUCAAAGCGGUUUUUGAAGGGUCGAUAAAUCAUAUCAAGAUGUCCAUUAGAAAAUUAUCUCGAAUGCGACACACAACAAAAAAGGCAAGACCACAAAUUCAUUUUAUACCCUCUGGAAUUGGAAAACAAUGAAAUUAAACAUCUCAAUUGGAGAAGAAAACGAUAAUUACGCGACAACCUUCUGGAAAAAAAUAACAACCAAUAUCUAGGCCUAUGAGAUAAUGAAUCCGUUGAAUUGCGCAGAAUUACUGCAAUUAAAUUAGAAGAAAGUCAAUCAGUUUCGAAAUAAAAUCUCGAUUUUCUUUCUUAGUAAUUGUGACAAUAAAUCUAACAUAAGUUAUGUGAUAAUUUCAAUAAAAAAAAUACAAUGAAAGUAAAAAAAGCCAUUUCUUUUAGGUCACGUCGAAUUUUUUUAACGUACACACCAUGGAUUAUUUCUAACGAAUUCAGUUCUAUUUUUUAAAAUAUGACCUUUGUUUACGUGAAACGAUGAGAGAAGAAGAUGAGAAAAAAAAUCAACUUUUACACAUACAAAACAAAAAAAAAACAUUUGCGAAUAUUUACAAUUUUUUACAGCCCUCUAGUUGACACACACACACAUUAAUGCCACAAUAUAAUUAAAAAAUAUAACCAAAAUAAUUGAAAGUUCAUGGUUGGAAUUCUGAUCAGAUAUCUCAGACAAAUCUAGCACCGCGUUCGUCUUGUAAAUGAAAUAAAAUUUAUCACAAAGAAAAAAUUUCGCAUAACAAAUACAUAAAUUGCACAAAAUAUAAUCAAAAUUUUGAGAAAGAGAGAAAAAGAAAACGAAAUGAAAAUGUACAAAUGUAAUGUGUUAGUGGUGGAAACACAUGUGACAUGAUCGACGUUUUUUUUCCUGGUGUCAUCUGAGACUUCAUAUUCAAACACACAAAAAAUUGUAAUUUCUAGUUAAGAAGUGAUCGUAAAUGUAACACAAAAUUAUUAUGGAAUAAACUGUAUACAAUUAUCAUCAUCA